AUGAAACUAUUAUCUGAAGGACAAUUAAAGCUUUGUGUUGUUCAACCAGUACAUCUCACAUCAUGGCUCUUUAUCUUUUUUAUUCUGAAAUCUAUGUCUUCUCUAAAACCUGCCCGACUUCCAAUUUAUCAAAGGAAACCCUUUAUAGCUGCUUGGAAUGCUCCAACAGAUCAGUGUUUGAUAAAAUAUAACUUAAGACUGAAUUUGAAAAUGUUUCAGGUGAUUGGAAGUCCACUGGCCAAAGCUAGGGGGCAAAAUGUCACUAUAUUUUAUGUCAAUAGAUUGGGAUACUAUCCUUGGUAUACAUCAGAGGGGGUCCCCAUUAAUGGGGGUCUUCCCCAGAACAUAAGUUUGCAAGUACAUCUGGAAAAAGCUGACCAAGACAUUAAUUACUACAUCCCUGCAGAAGAUUUCAGUGGACUUGCUGUUAUAGACUGGGAAUACUGGCGACCACAGUGGGCCCGAAACUGGAAUACAAAAGAUGUCUACAGACAGAAGUCAAGAAAGCUUAUUUCUGAUAUGCAAAGGAAUGGAUCAGCUACUGAUAUCGAAUAUUUAGCCAAAGCAACGUUUGAAGAAAGUGCAAAAGCUUUCAUGAAGGAAACCAUCAAAUUGGGAAUUAAGAGCCGACCCAAGGGCCUUUGGGGUUAUUAUUUAUAUCCCGAUUGCCACAAUUAUAAUAUUUAUGCACCAAACUAUACUGGGUCAUGCCCAGAAGAGGAAGUUUUGAGGAACAAUGAGCUCUCUUGGCUCUGGAAUAGCAGUGCUGCUUUAUAUCCUUCUAUUGGCGUCAGGAAAUUCCUUGGAGACAGUGAAAACAUUUUGCGCUUCUCACAAUUUCGGGUGCACGAAUCUAUGAGGAUCUCCACCAUGACAUGCCAUGAUUAUGCUCUGCCUGUGUUUGUCUACACAAGGCUGGGGUACAGAGAUGAGCCUUUAUUUUUUCUUUCUAAGCAAGAUCUAGUCAGUACCAUAGGAGAAAGUGCUGCCUUGGGUGCCGCAGGCAUUGUUAUUUGGGGAGACAUGAAUUUAACUUCAUCUGAGGGUAACUGUACAAAGGUGAAGCAGUUUGUGAGUUCUGAUUUAGGGAGCUACAUAGUCAACGUGACCAGAGCUGCUGAGGCGUGCAGCCGUCACCUCUGCAGGAAUAAUGGGAGGUGCAUAAGGAAGAUGUGGAAAGCUCCUGAUUACCUUCACUUGAACCCUGCAAGUUACCACAUAGAGGCCUCUGAGAAUGGGGAAUUUACUGUGAAAGGAAAAACAUCUGACACAGACCUGGCAGAGAUGGCGGAGAAAUUUUCCUGUCAUUGUUAUCAGGGAUACGAAGGAGCUGACUGCAGAGAAAUGAAGCCGGCAGAUGGCUGCUCUGGGGUUUCCCCUUUUUCUGGCUCACUAAUAACACUAUGUCUGUUGGUUUUAGCAGGAUAUGGGAACAUUUAG